UGGGAGGAUAGUGAUUUGACACAGAUGGACCCAGCGCCUCUUAAGAGCGCUCGGUGAGAGUAUGGCCGUCACUGGUUGUUAUAAUGGGGAUAGAAAUGAUGACGAUGAGGAUGAUGAUGAUGAUGAUGAUGAUUUGCCAGAAGUCAAACUUUAAAAUAUUUAUUUGAACGAACAAUUACAACGGACAGAAACCUGGUGUCUUACCGGCUUUUGACGCGCUUCUUGUUGGACAUCUUUUUGGGAUUUGCUCUCCAUUUGCUGACAUUUUUCUGACUAUUUAUUUCAGGGUCAUCUGCCCUCCGAUCGUUUUUAUUGCUCCCUACUGUGUAUGGAAAGUGCUCCUGGAUGGACCUGGGCGAAAACAGCUGGUCCAUGGUUAAGCGAGAAGUAUCCAGCAGCCCAGGGUCACCGGCUGAGCAGACCUACCUCCCCGGUGACAGCAGGAGAGACGGGCCCACACCUCCGAGCGAGCUAGACGCGCUGGGCCACCGGCGCGCGGACGGUAGAUCGCUUCACUCCUAUCUUCACUUCGGACACCACAGCAACACACUGACCACCGCUGAGGACCUUCCGCUCUUUACAGACUUGGACCAGGGGAGUAAACUCGUCCUCUCCGCCGGAGCGCACAAGGCGAGCCUGCUGGUGGACCCCUCCGACAUGUACCAAACUCUGGCCAUCGCUGCAGCGCAGAGCCAGAGCGGAUAUGAUUCCUCCUCCGCUGGUUAUAUGCACUCCAACCCAAACUCUCCCGUGUACGUCCCCAGCUCCCGGGUAAACGCCAUGAUCCCCAGCCUCCCAUACCUGCAGGCCAGCGGCUCGGCUCAACCGGGCCACGCGGUCUCCAGUCACUCUGUCUGGUCGCAGUCCAACCCGGAGAGCCCCUCAUACAGCACCGGGAGCCCUCACACCUCCAGCCGCUUUCACUACCCUCCAAGUCCGCCCAUGAAUAACGGGACACCCAGAGACACCAGCUACAGUAACACGCUGAACGUGAGCAGCAGGGACCAGUACGGCCUCUCCCGCACCCUCAGUGGGACCUACGCAAGCCCUUACUCCCCUUAUGUCGCCCCCCAGCUGCCCUCACCUUGGACAGGGGGCCCUUUUGAUAACACCAUGCUGCACACCUUGCAGAGUAGAAGCGCGCCCUUGAUUAGAGGACCUAACGGAGUUUCAGACAUCCUCGACGACAUGGCGGAGAGCAGGGAGUGUGUGAACUGCGGCUCCAUCUCCACGCCGCUGUGGAGGCGCGACGGAACGGGCCACUUUCUCUGCAACGCCUGCGGCCUGUACAGCAAAAUGAACGGGCUGAGCCGACCGUUAAUUAAACCUCAGAAACGGACGUCAACAUCCAGAAGGAUCGGCCUCUCCUGCGCCAACUGCCAGACCAGCACAACCACCUUAUGGCGCAGAAACGCGGAGGGAGAGCCGGUGUGUAACGCCUGUGGCCUCUACACGAAACUGCACGGGGUACCUCGACCGCUUGCCAUGAAGAAAGAGGGAAUCCAGACAAGAAAGAGAAAACCAAAAACUUUGAAUAAAAGCAAAGGAUCCUCUGGCAACAAUUCAGUGUCAAUGACUCCCACAUCCACCUCUUCAUCCAACUCAGAAGACUGCUCCAAAACCAGCUCCCCCUCUGCACAGGUGUCAGGGGUCAGCUCAUCUGUGCUUUCCAGCUCGGGGGAGGGAACGAGCUCGGGCUCGGCGGUGAAGUACCCGGGACAGGACAGCCUGUACACCAGCGUGGGUUUGACCCAACCGUCAGAUGUAGCUUCAGUCAGGGGUGAACCCUGGUGCCCCAUGGCCUUGGCUUGAACACCCAAGCCUUUUGUUGUUUUUUUUUUUUUUUUCAUUUUGCUUUCCUGGGUGGACAGAAAUCCCUGCUCUCUCCCUUCUCUCUGGAUGCUGGAUAGUGUGGAUUUAUCUGUGGACAAUAUUUCUUUUCUCCCCCAUCAGCUGGUGCAAGAAGUGAUGGACAAGAGAGAAAGAGCAGCACAAAUGUGGAAUAUCUGGGAUUGGACUCCAGAUUGCUGCUGGCUGUCUUGUGAUGGAAACACAGAUGAUCACCCAGGUGGUCUGUUGUGGAUGGUUUCUGGACCCGUUCAUCCAAACAACCUGAUCUGGGUUUUUUUCCCAAAAAGCCACCGCUCCGUAAAGGAUUUUCUUCUCCGAAGAAGCUGUUGAUUUUACACGAGUGCUCCACCAAGAACUGAGGACAUUUAGAAUUUUCCUUUUCCACAACUGGAAUCAUGCCACAAGACAUCUUUGUUGAAUGAAAAAUAAAAAUAUAUUUAUAAAUCUUCCAUUGUUGAGAACAUGGCUAUGAUUGUUAAUAAAUAAAUGGAUUUAGUGUAGAAGUUGAACCAAUCAACUUUUUUCUUGCUAUUUUUUAAGUGUUUGUCAGUAAAGUGGUGGAAAAUCUGCACGUUUUCCAUGGAAGGCUCUUACUGCAUUUGACUGAAACAAGUUUGGUUUAAACAGGGUUAUAAAUACACUGCAAAAACAGAUAUUCAAGAAAGAAAAUAGUCUUGUUUUAAGACAUUUUAUCUUAUUUUAGUUUAUGAAAGAAAAAAAUCCAAUUAUCUGGAACAAAAUACAGCUAUACUUGAAAUAAGGUAAAGAUUCUUAAAUAUGAUCCAAACGUUCUUGUUUUGAAUUUAAAAAAAUCUGCCAGUGGCAUGAGCAAAAGUUGCUAGAAGAAAUCUAACUUUAGAUUCUUUUGUUAUUUUUAACAAUUUUAGUCAAGCAACUUUUGCUUCCCUUAUGGAAGAUUUUUUGUUCAAAAUAAAAAAAUUGGAUCACAUUUAAGAAUAUUUACCUUAUUUUUGCAAAUAAGAACACUAUUUCCUUUUAGACUACAAAUAAGAUAGACUGUCUAAACAAGGCUUUUUUAUUUUCUCGAAAAUCGUUUUUGCAGUGUAUCAAAGUGUUUUUUAUACAAAAAAAUCUAAUAAUUUCAAAAUUUUGAUUCCUUCAGACUCAUUUUUAUAAGACACUGUCAGCUGUGGGUAUCAGUGAGGUACUUUUCUCCAGAAUGAUGCUUAUUUGAUCAAAGCUCAAACCGAUGUUUCUGGUUUAAAACACAUAAACUGCACUACCUGAGUCACUAAACCUUUGCAAUAUCGUGCUACUUUGACAACUGUGAUUAAUUGCUGUAAUGAUUUAACGGUGACCUAAUGUGUUUUUUAAUGCAAACUAACUGGGAUCAAAAUUUCUCAUUCGAAGAGGCGGCUUGAGAUGUAUUUUGAUUUUUGUCAAAAUUUGUAAGAAUUAAUUUCAUUCAACUGCAAGGAGACUGAAACCUAAGGGUGGUUUUCUUUUUGUAUCCCCAAGAAUUGAAACGUUGACUUUACAUAACCAAUUUAUGUCAACUGGUUCCACUAGUCGCUUAAAUGUAAAGAGUAAAAUAUGUUUACCUUAAACAUAACAUUGUAUUUUACUCUUUACAUCUAAGUAACUAGAUUUGGUGGAACCAGUUAACUUAACUUGGUUCAGUAAAGUCAACAGUUUCAUUUUUCGAGUGUAUCUUGCUUAUUCCUUGCAGAGCAUGUCAUUCACUUUUCCUGUUUUAUUUAUUUCUUGAAAUAUACUUUCUCCUUUUUGUUUCUUGAACAUAUGAAAAAAAUCUAUUUAAAUUCAGUCCAAUAAAUUGUUCUGUUGAAACAAA